GCGCGCGCGUCCCUAGAAUUUUUCCGCAAUGCAUCACUCCGCGCGUCGAUGCGAGCGUCACCGGGCGCUACAGAACUCGCCGAGCGACAUGACAUGACGCAUGAACGAGCCGUCACAUCACCGAUCAUAUUCACUCUAAUGCACGAGCAGUAUUUCUGAUCUGAUGCUAUUUAUAAAGGCAAGUUCAUAAACUUCUCUGCAUGAGUCAAUGUGCAUUAAUGCAUAUAGAGAGAUAUAUAUGAGUGUGCAUUAGAAUCAUGUAAACACUGCUCUCACGUCUGAAGAUAUUGGAUUGUGUUGUGAUUAAGCAGCUGAUUGUCAUCCGUGGAUUGUGGAAUUAUAAAGCAAUAUAUGAUAGGAAAGCAUUAAACCUCUGCAUGGUGCAAACAGUGCAUUGAGCCAAAGAAUCAGGGGCUGUUCAAACACAUUUCACUGGACACGUUUGCCCAUCUAUAUGCUACCAAAACUUCUGCCUUCAUUCCUGGAUCACAUUUAACACUCUUCCAACUCGUCUUAUGGGCCUGAUAUGAAGAUACAUCACUAAAGUCUCACCCAUCAGAACCACUGAGACAGACAGACUGAUGAUGAUGAUGAUGAUGAUGGACAUGCGUGUGAGACAGUUUCUGGUCCUGUGUGUGUUCUGCGCGCUCUCAGUGUCCCUGUGCAGUGGCGCAUGUGCAGAAGUGGACUCGGACACUGAGGCCGUGGCAGGUCAAGGCUUCAAACUGGGCUGCAUCUCCUGCAAGGUGCGAGGAGAGGUGGAGGCCUCAGCGACCGUCGACUGGCAAUUCAAAGCGCGAGGAGAUCCAGACUUUGUGCAUAUUUACAGUUAUGAUGGCGAAAUCUCGACUAUCAUAAACGAGCGUUUUCUGGACCGAAUGGAGUGGGAUGGCAGUAAGAAGACACAUGACCUGCAGGAUGCUUCUAUCUUUAUCAAUAAUAUCACCUUCAACGACUCCGGCGUUUAUCGCUGCAUCUUCAACCGAGUUCUGACCUACGAGCACUACGAGUACUCCACCGUCGCCAGUAAAGUGGUGCACCUCACUGUGGUGGGCAAAGCCACACGUGGUACGGCGUCGAUCGUGUCAGAGGUCAUGAUGUAUGUGUCCAUCAUCGGCCUGCAGCUCUGGCUGUUAGUGGAGAUGAUCUACUGCUACAGGAAGAUUGCAGCGGCAGGAGAGGAAGCGCUGAGAGCCAGCGCCGCGGAGUAUUUAGCGAUCGCAUCCGAGAGUAAAGACAACUGCGCUGGGGUACAGGUAGCCGAAUAACACAGAUUUUCUUAUUCCUGAUCUUCUGGACUGCCAUCAUUUCUCCUGUGACCUUCACAAAGUCCCUCGACCUGUUUUUAUACCCUUUUCUUACCUCUUUACCGGACUGUAUUCCGCAUGACUUGACUCUAUGCAUGCUUAAAGGCGAGUCUACACAUACAUAUGAAGCCUCCAUUCACUCUGUAAACUGCAAUCCUUUGAUUUUGCACUAGAGAUCAGUAAAGAGCAGGACAUCAUGCAAUCCCAUUGGAGAUGCCUCGGGCACAAUAAACGAUAGAGUUUCUAAUCUUUAGUGUUUGUGUGGCGAGGGUUGUUAAGUGUCAUGUGAGCACACAGCUGUAGUGGUGAAUGUAGCAGUUACUGUAGGCAUGUUCAGACCCUUCCUGAACUCAAUGUUUGAUUCCAGAGCGAUUACCUCCAUUGUGGGAAGUGCAUUAAGACGUACGAUAGCUCAUAUAUCGCUGCGUGACGUAAUGCAUGCCCACACUGCCAGUAUCCUAUAUCAAACCAGCUCGCCUACAAUAGGCCGUUUCUGCGCCGACUGUCACGUGAUCAUAUAAUGUGAUAUUCUGUGUUAAAUGCAGCACUGAAUGCUGGUGGGUGGACGUGGAGAGAGAGAGAGAGAGAGAGAUGAGAAAUGAGAGAAAUGAGAGAGAGAGAGAGAGAGAGAUAGAGAGAGAUGGAGAGAGAUAGAGAGAGAGUGAGAGUGAAAGAGAGAGAGAGAGAUAGAGAGAUAGAGAGAGAUGGAGAGAGAUAGAGAGAGAGUGAGAGUGAAAGAGAGAGAGAGAGAUCAACACUGGAGAAGUCCUCUUGUCCCGGUCUGACCCUCGAGGACAGAGAGAUCAGAAGCCUCCUGUACGCUGACGAUCUUCUGAUGCUGUCUCCUCAUGAAGAGGGUCUGCACCACAGCCUCUCGCUUCUGGACCAGUACAGCAGCGACUGGGCCUUACCCAUCAACAUGGACAAGUCUAAAAUCAUGAUCUUUCAGAAAAAACCUCGCCUUACUGACAAGAAAUACAAAUUUACACUUGGGGGAACAAUUCUUAAUCAUGUCACCUGUUAUAAUUAUUUGGGUCUGACAAUCUCAGCUUCUGGAACAUUUGACACUGCAAUAAAAGAUCUGACUGAUAAAGCACGUAGGGCUUAUUACAGUAUAAGAAAACCCCUGUUCAAAUUUAACCCACCCAUUAAACUGUGGCUGAAAAUCUUUGACAGCAUCAUAAAACCCAUCCUUCUUUACGGCUGUGAAAUCUGGGGCCCCAAAUUUAAACUAAAUUACGAAUCCUGGGACAAAAGCCCCGCUGAAAUUUUCCACCUUGAGUUCUGCAAGAACAUCCUGGGAACUCACAGAAACGCUCCAAGCCUGGGUUGCCGGGCAGAAUUAGGCAGAUUCCCUCUGCUCUCUGAAAUCCAGAAGAGAGCCGUGAAGUUCUGGUUCCAUUUGUCAGACACGCAGACAGAGAGUUACCAUCACUGCGCUCUCAGAUACAGGGCAGGACACACAGAGAGCGACCCCAUGCUACAUUUAGUGGAAAAACACCAACUCAAUUCAUCAAUUCAAUUCAGACACUCAAAAGUAAAAGAAAUAGGAAAAUAACCAAAGAAGAAAACAUACACGAUUGGCAGAUAAAGGUCACACAACUAAAUAAAUUAAAAUAUUUCAACAAAAUAAAGUCCGAUUAUAAAUUGGCACCAUACCUGACUGAAAUCAGUAAUUAUGGUCAGAGAAAGCUCCUGACAAAGUAUGGCAUUAGUGAGCACAGUCUGUGUGUGGAGACGGGCCGACACAGGCAGAGCUGGAGAGAGAGAGAGCUCAGACUGUGUCCACACUGCACUGAUGGGGCCGUAGAGGACGAGCUGCACUUCCUCACUGAGUGCAGCAAGUAUAAAAACAUCAGAGACGCCUACUUCACACAAAUAGCACAGAUUGUACCUCAAUUUCAACAAGCGAGCCUCAUACACAAACUGUGUUAUAUUUUGGGAGAGAAAGAAGAGUGUGUUCAGCUGGCAGCGCAGUAUGUGUCUUCCUGCCAUCAUAUGAGGGACAAGGGCUGAACCCUCCGUUCCAUUAAACUGCUCUCUAGACUUAUUUUUGUUAUUGUAUAUAUUUUUUUUAAUUUUUUUUUUUAUUUUAUUUAUUGUGAUAUAUUUAUGCAUAAUAUGGAAAUGUUUUUUUAUUGUUCACUUUUAUUUAUCUACAUAUAUGUUUGUAUAUUACUAUUGCUUUGGCAAUAUUGUGCUAUUUUACACAGUCAUGCCAAUAAAGCUCAAUUGAAUUGAAUUGAAUUGAGAGAGAGACAGAGAGAGAGAGAGAGGGGGAGAGAGAGAGAGAGAGAGAGAGAGAGAGAGAGAGAGAGAGAGAGAGUGAAAGAGAGAGAGAGAGAGAGAGAGGGAGAGAGAGAGAGAGAGGGAGAGAGAGAGAGAGUGAAAGAGAGAGAGAGAGAGAG